AAUACUGCAGCACGAAUGAGCACUUUCUCUGUUGACCCACUAAGCGAAUUCAACCUUAAGCACAUUGUUCCGAUAGAAGUAGAGGCCUGCAGCGCGCAUCGCCUUCAGUUGAACGUCGACUGCUCUCGAGGGAACAUGGCUCUCGACUCUUGUACACAGACUGCAAUGCUGAGGUGUGCUUUGAUCAUAGCCUGCGUCUUCGUCAUAGGAGCUCUUGCAGGUUCUCAGGACGAACAAAGACCCAAAAUAUCAGAUGAGGCCCUAGAGAGGGCGUUGAAUGACAAGCGUUAUCUUCAGCGGCAACUAAAAUGCGCUCUGGGGGAGGCAUCAUGUGAUCCCGUAGGCCGCAGACUUAAAACUCUUGCACCACUCGUCCUGAGAGGGUCUUGCCCUCAGUGCACGCCUGAUGAGAUGCGCCAGAUCCAGAGAACUCUGUCGCAUAUCCAGCGGAACUACCCCAAGGAAUGGAACAAAAUUGUCAAACAGUACGCUGGGUUCUAAGACAGAACCAAAAUAAAAAAUUGUAACAGAGAAUUCGUGAAAAUGGUGAACCAUUUGUCAGUACAGACGUGAUUGGUAAGCAAGUGUAAAGAAGCUUGGCUUCCAAAUUCCAGUGAUAUUUUUAUUUCUGCUGAAAUUAUAACGUGACAGUAUGAGUCGUAAUCAGAACUAAAUAUAUUGCCUACAUUUUUAUAUUUUUUACAUUUUUAUGAUCGCUCUGUAUUAUGUCGUGGUUAACUUCGUUUUUUAGUCGAGGAAUUUUAUGUUUUCUGUGUCAUAGCUAUUUUUUUUAGUCAGUGUUGAUUAAUUUUCAGAUGAUAAAUUUAUAUUAGGUAUAUAAUAAAACAUGUUAUAUAAUUUUUUUUUAGCUUAUAUCUUAAUUGCAUUAUGCUUGUGUUCCUCAAUACAGUACUUUUAUUUUCCGUCGUUACACAAGCUUGUGUAACGACGGAAAAUAAAAGUACUGUAAUGUUAUAUAAUGCUUAGGAUAUAUUUUAUCUGGAAUUUAAGUACUUUAAGUAUGAGGAAGGUUAUUAAUCUAAAUGAAUUACAAAAGCAAACCUGUGAAAUUUAGCAAGUAAUAAUAAAUUUAAUUGAUUAUUCAGAUAUCUCUAGUAGUGUCAAUUGAAGUGUUCAAUUAUGUAUCUGAUACCUGGUACUGAUGGUUCAAAUUAUUUGCAAUGUGUUACAUUUUUGUUGGAGCGAUGGUUGUUACAUAAUAUUACUACAUUUUAAUAUUAAAAAUAGUAUCGUCAUACAACAGACAUUGAAUCUAAUCAAAAUAAGAACCUUGAGGUCCUCUUGUCAACGCUGCUGCUGUCACAUUGACUCGGAGGGGAAUUUAAGAUGUAACGAUGUUGUUAUACAGAGGUACUUUUGUUGCUAGCUAUAUUACUGACAUAUUUUUAUACGCAAGUCUAAUAAAAAUACUCCAUGUAGAAA